UAAACAAUAUCAAAUUUGUUACCAAACAUACAAAGCAAAUGUUUAGAUUUAUACGGCAAAUAGAACGUUGAGACUGAUACGAUGACGUUUUGAAGUCGAUAUCACACUUGAAACGUUCCUUUCUGAAAGCUUUUAAGAAUUUGAGCCCACAACAGACAACACUCUCUUCCUCCAUUACUCUACUACUCUUUUCUUAUUAAACAUAACACUGACAGUAACCAAACUCCAGAUCUGAUUCCAUCUCUCAAGGAAAGAGUAAUGAUCUGUGAGAGAGAUGAUUUCAGCCUCACUGGGCCAUUACACUUAACAGCUAUAGACUGGGCUAAUGAACAUCAUCGUCGAUCCGUAGCUGCUUCAUUGGUCCAAGGAAUCUAUGUAGCGGAACGUGACCGUCAGCUACAAAGAGAAGGUCCCGAACUAGCUUUAUCUCCACUAUGGUCUGAGUUUUUCCAUUUCCGUCUCAUUCGUAAGCUCGUUGACGAUGCUGAUUCCUCCAUAUUCGGUGGAAUCUACGAGUACAAACCGCCUUCUCAAACCGUCAUAUCCAGGGAGCUGAGUCCGCGUUUUGUUGUCGCGUUCAGAGGAACGGUUAACAAAGCGGACUCUAUCUCCCGUGACAUCGAGCUAGACAUCCACGUUAUCAGAAACGGUCUUCACACUACGACAAGGUUCGAGAUAGCUAUGCAGGCCGUGAGAAACAUGGUGGCUUCGGUUGGUGGUUCGAGUGUGUGGCUUGCUGGUCAUUCUCUUGGUGCUUCCAUGGCAUUGCUUACCGGGAAAACCAUCGCGAGAACCGGAGUUUUACCGGAGUGUUUCGCCUUUAAUCCGCCGUUUUUGUCUGCUCCUAUUGAAAGAAUCAAAGAUAAGAGGAUCAAACAUGGGAUACGUAUCGCAGGCAGUGUGAUCACAGCUGGACUUGCUCUAGCCAAAAAAGCCACCCAACAAGUCAGCCAAAACCACCGUGCAUUACCCGCACCGGCCGACCCGUUUUCCGCCUUAACCGACUGGUUUCCGCGGCUGUACGUCAACCCCGAGGACCACUUGUGCUCCGAGUAUGUCGGUUACUUCGAGCACCGUAACAAGAUGGAGGAGAUCGGGGUCGGGUUCGUAGAGCGGUUAGCGACUCAGAACUCGUUAGGCGGUUUACUGAUGGACGUCGUGAGCGGAGGAAAGAACACUGAAGGGCCGAUACAUCUGAUUCCGUCAACGGUUUUAACGGUGAAUUUGAGUCCGUCGAGAGAUUUUAAAGAAGCUCAUGGGAUUCACCAAUGGUGGAGAGAAGACAAGAGGUUUGAGACCAAAGUCUACCAAUACAAAUGAUUGGUACGUUAGUAUAAAAUCGGGUAACCGGUAUAUGUAUGCUAAACCAAAAGGAAGUAAGCUUCUACUUUCCGGUUUACCCGGUUCAAUGUGUCGCAGUCGUAUAAAUAAAGUCUCUCGCGUUCGAUCUUGUAAGACGACGCCGUUUUUAUCUCUGCAAAGCUUACAUUUUCCCGCUCUCUCUCUCGUCACUCAUCAGAGAGAAUGUCGAUCAAAAUUCUCGUUCUUGUUUUCUCUGCUCUGAUAAUCUUCACGAGACCCAAAUUGAUCGCCGAUCAUCAUCACUUAUCCACAAGGAUCUCUCCGUUUUCUUCUCAUUCUUAUCUGAUUCCGCCGUUUAUACCUCCAUCGCCGUCGCUCAAGGCCCAAUCUCCGGCGGCGGAGUCGUCUUUUAGUCGUGUACCGGCUUUGUUCGUGUUCGGAGAUUCAUCUGUAGAUUGUGGAACCAACAACUUUCUUGGGACCUUGGCGAGAGCAGAUCGGCUUCCGUACGGUAGAGAUUUCGACACGCAUCAGCCAACGGGGAGGUUUUGCAAUGGGAGGAUCCCCGUUGAUUAUCUAGCUAAUCGUCUAGGUCUCCCUUUCGUUCCGAGCUAUCUUGGACAAUCUGGGACUGUUGAAGACAUGUUUCAAGGCGUGAACUACGCAUCGGCUGGUGCUGGAAUCAUCUUGUCCAGUGGAUCCGAACUUGGACAAAGGGUUUCGUUCGCGAUGCAGGUUGAGCAGUUUGUCGAUACGUUCCAGCAGAUGAUACUGAGCAUUGGGGAGGAAGCUACGGAUCGUCUGGUCUCAAACUCGGUUUUCUACAUAUCGAUUGGAGUGAAUGAUUACAUACAUUUCUACAUCAGGAACAUCUCCAAUGUGCAGAAUCUCUAUACUCCAUGGCUUUUUAAUCAGUUCUUGGCUUCCAAUAUGAGACAGGAGCUCAAGACCUUGUACAAUGUGAAGGUAAGGAGGAUGGUGGUGAUGGGGUUGCCACCGAUAGGUUGUGCACCGUACUACCUGUGGAAAUACAGGAGCCAGAACGGAGAAUGUGCAGAAGAAGUGAACAGCAUGAUCAUGGAGUCCAACUUCGUCAUGAGAUACACUGUAGAACAGCUUAACCAUGAGCUUCCAGGUGCAUCAGUUAUCUACUGCGACGUGUUCCAAAGCGCUAUGGACAUCCUCAAGAACCACCAACUCUAUGGUUUUAAUGAGACGACGGAGGCGUGUUGUGGGCUAGGGAGAUACAAAGGAUGGCUUCCGUGCAUCUCGCCGGAGAUGGCUUGCUCUGACGCCUCUGGUCAUCUAUGGUGGGACCAGUUUCAUCCUACAGAAGCCGUUAACGCCAUCCUCGCCGACAAUAAAAUGGAGCUCGAUUUUGAAGCAAGUAACUUGCUUGAAGACGAAGCUGCUGAAGUUGGACAUAAUGAUGUAGCUGGAAUUGAAGGGGAAAGAUGUGGGAUUUGCAUGGAUAUAAUUGUUGAUAGAGGCGUUCUUGAUUGCUGUCAGCACUGGUUCUGCUUUGAGUGCAUUGAUAAUUGGUCUACUAUUAUGAACCUGUGCCCUCUUUGUCAGAGGGAGUUUCAGUUGAUUACAUGCGUCCCUGUGAAUGAUUCAGGUGAAAGCAGCAAGCUUGAUGAGGCUUCGUUAUCAGGAGAGGAAGAUUGGUGCACUGAGGAGGAGACUGACGGCGUCUCUUCUCCGUCGCACUAUAUUGACGAAAAUGCAGUUAUCUGUUUAGAUGGAGAUCUUUGCAAGAUCCGUAACAGCUUCAAUUACAUUGGAGGGGAUUCCAACCUCGAUACAUCAAUUGCUUGUGAUUCUUGUGACACAUGGUAUCAUGCUGUUUGUGUGGGGUUUGAUCUGGAAAUUGCAUCAGAGGAUACAUGGGAAUGUCCAAGAUGUCUCUCUAGUGAAAAACCAGUUGAACCUGAUGUUUCACCAACGGAUACAAGAAAGCCCCUGGAGAAUUCUGAGAGAACAAAUAGUGGAUGCUCAGUCGAGGCUGUUUACUCGGGAAAUUUUUCAGUUACAGUUGCCGAUGAUGGCGAGACAGCUCUUGUCGUAUCAACUGUCAAAGGAGACGAGUGGCUUAUGAAACCAAGUGAUACCACUGCAUCGUCAGUUCAAGUUACGAUGGAGGGAGACCCUGAUAGCUCGCAUCCGGAAAUAUGUUGUAGGAAGGAAAACACAGAGCAGGUCCCAGGAAAAUUGGAGCUCACACAAUCCUUACCUCAUGAUAUAUCAUCUGAAUUACCAUCCGAUUCAAAUCAGACAUUGUUUGCUGCGCACAUGGAGAAUAGAACAGGACUUGUAGAAAAGGAUUGUCUACCGGUAAAUGUUAAAGAAUCUCUUUCCAGUACAUCCAUAUCCAAUUCAGAUGUUGCUAGUGUUGUCAGCUUAAAGAGGAAGCAUACAGAUUUCAGUGGUAAUGAUGACAAUUCGGAAACUAAGGCUGAGAUUGCAGAACCUCUCAUUAAACCAAAACAUGAGGAAAUGGAAGAAAAAGCUACCAUUCACCACGAGAGCAGUUCCCCUUCAAACAAUACGACUGUUGAUCUUUUCAGCAUUGUCAAAGGAAUUGGGCGUAAAAAGAAACUCACACGUCCAGAUACUAAGUCUUCAGAAGGAGAGAAUGCUGUUGGUUUGAGGGUAAAGAAGAUUAAGAGGACUCCGGAGGAUGAUAAAGAGUCAUUGGUUCUGGUUGAGAAACUAAGGAAAGAAAUAAGAGAGGCCGUUCGUAACAGGUCAAUGGAAGACAUCACAAAAAACCAAUUUGAUCCAAAACUCUUGGCCGCCUUCAGAGCCGCUGUAGCAGGACCUAAAACUGACGAAGCACCUAGAAAAAUCCCGGCUCUGGCAGUGAAGGCAAAGAAGUUGAUGCUGCAGAAAGGAAAAGUCCGAGAGAAUCUCACAAAGAAAAUUUAUGCAGACCCAAAUGGGAAGCGGAAAAGUGCAUGGCACCGGGACUGUGAAGUCGAGUUUUGGAAACAUCGGUGCAUAGAAACUAGAAAGCCUGAAAAAAUUGAGACUCUGAAGUCUGUACUUAGCCUCUUGAAGAAAAAACCAGCUGACGGCAAAACAAACGUUUCAUCUGAAGCCCCACAGGCCUCAAAUCCUAUUCUCUCCAGAUUAUAUUUGGCAGAUACCUCUGUUUUCCCGAGAAAUCAUGAUAUGAAGCCUCUUUUGGCAUCAAAAGAAACGGGGACCUCUCAAAACAAUGCAAAAACUAAAGAAGCAGACAAGACCUUACCAAAGAUCAGUGAUGUCAAGGUGAGCAGCUCAAAAGCUGCUGGAUCAAAAACAAACCCUGGAAACAAGCAGUCUAUUUUGGAGGACUCAGAGGAUCUGAAGAAAGACAAAAGGAAAUGGGCAUUGCAGGUUCUUGCAAGAAAGAAAGCUUUAGCAGGCAACAACUCAAGCGAAGACAAAGGAGGCUGUCCCGAGCUCAAAGGGAAUUAUCCUUUGUUGGCUCAACUCCCAGCUGAUAUGAGACCAACCCUUGCAACCAGUCGCCAUAAUAAAGUUCCUGUUGCAGUUAGGCAGGCGCAAUUAUAUCGCUUUACAGAACAUUUCUUGAAGAACGAAAAUCUUCUGGAAGUUCGAAGAAGUGCAGCGACAGAACUAGCUGUUGCUGAUGCUAUAAAUAUCGAGAAAGUGAUCGCUGACAAAUCGAGUAGCAAAGUUGUUUAUCUGAAUCUAUGCUCACAAGAAAUACUUCACCAUUCAGAGAGCAAAGCAAUGGACAAUACUGCUGUCGAACCAAAUUCUUCAUCACCAUUGGUUAAUAACGGAACUGAAGGUAUUGAUGAUAAAGAUCCUUAUGAUCCAGCUAUCCUUCAAGCGCUCAGAGCAGCAGGUCUUGCUGAUUCACCACCAAACAGCCCGACCCAUUCAACGGAAGUUCCUCCGCAUGAAGGAGACAGUUCCUUGGACAAAGCUAGGGACGUAGGCCCAGAUAAUGUACUGGACAUAGAAACCGUUCCUGAUACAGACAUCUUUGGGGAUUUUGAGUAUGAGUUGGACGACGAAGACUAUAUCGGUGCUACCAUGGCUACAAAAGCUUCAGAAACGCAGCCUGAUGAAGGAUUGACUAAGAUAAAGGUAGUUUUCUCCACUGUUCAACCUGAAAAAGUUAUAAAUCAAUCUGAAGUCUUGGGGAAUGAAGAAACCACUGCAAACCAGAAGGAGAUGGUCACAAACGGGGAAGAAGACGGGAAGAGCGUUGUUCCUAUGGAGCCUGUACUCGAGGCCAAUGGUGAAGGAAAGGGAGAAGACGGGAAGAGGGUUGUUCCUAUGGAUCCUGUACCCGAGGCCGAAGGUGAAGGAGAGGGAGAAGGAGAGGGAGGUGAGAUCCUUUCUUUAGCUGAAUGUGAAGAACUGUACGGACCUGGUACAGAGAAACUAGUUGAGAAACCUCUCAUUGAAGGAUCUGCUGAUAAUGGUCUCCAAGGUAAAGCACCUGAUUCAGAAUGCGAGAGCAACACCCACAGAGAAAUCAUCGCUUCAAACUUUGAAAACUCUUCCAUUCAAGAGAAAAAACUUCCCAGAAAGAUUCAGAAGUGUAAUCCAAACGAGAAGCCGUCUAAAGAAGAGAAGAGCAAAGCUGAUGGGUUCACUAACUCCGUCACCAAGAAGGUUGAAGCGUACAUCAAAGAACAUAUCAGACCACUGUGCAAGAGCGGAGUGAUAAACGUGGAACAAUACAGAUGGGCAGUGACGAAAACCGCAGAGAAAGUGAUGAAAUAUCAUAGCAAAGCCAAGAGUGCUAAUUUCUUGAUCAAAGAAGGCGACAAGAUCAAGAAACUUGCCGAGCAGUACGUUGAAACCGCCGCUUCUUCUUCCUCCGGAGCUCACCACAAGGACAAGUCUAAGUGACAAUCAGAAGCGUAAAUAAAGACGAGGUAGCUCAGUAUGAAAACGUAAAUAGAUUUUAAUUUACCUGUCUUUUGUCUUCUCCACAAGUUUUGGAGAUUCCAUCUUCUCUCAGGCCAUUUGCAUAACAAAGCAGUUCUUGUUUACAAGGUCUUGAAACAAAUAUGAAGAUUUAAAGAUAUAUUUUAUUACAUUAGAGGUUAUUCCCAGUUUAGGUCACUGUGAUUAAAC